AUGAAGUUCCUGUCAAUCUCCGCCGCCAUCGGAGCAUUCCUUCUAUCCUCCCUCGCCCACGCAGAUAUCUCCAAAAUCGUCCGCGUCGACCAAGCCAGCCAACAGUUCAUUGAUGCCCAAGGUCGAUCCCGCCAUUUCCAUGGAACCAACAUGGUCAAGAAAAAGUUCCCCUGGCACGCGGACAUCAACAACUUUGUUGCGGGGUAUUCUCUUGUGGAUAGGGAUAUCCAGUACCUCAAGGAUUUGAACAUCAAUGUCAUUCGUCUCGGUGUACAUUGGGCGGGUGUGGAGCCAGUCCGUGGGCAGUACAACCAGACCUACCUGGAUAUCACCAACACCAUCAUCCAGAGACUGCAGGACAAUGGAAUCUAUACCCUCGUCGACCAGCAUCAAGACGUCUUGGCCGCCCAAACCUGCGGCCACGGCGUUCCUCUCUGGUUCGUGAAGCCAGACUGGGUAGAACCAGCCCACAGGAUGCCCUACCCGCAAAAGGCUCCCUUCGCCGUCGACGCCAAUGGUGUCCCCUCCGACGCCGACUGCAAUUCGAUCGACUGGGCCACUUCCUACUUGGACUAUGCUGUCGGAAAUGCAUUCGGUCGUCUCUAUAACAACUAUGAUAACCUCGGCGAUGCCUGGGCUGCUUACUGGAAGGUUGUUGCGUCCAAGUAUAUGAACUUUCCAGGUGUUAUGGGUUACGACCUCAUGAACGAGCCAUGGGUGGGUGACCAUAUGGCAGACCCAACACUCCUCGUACCCGGAGUAGCAGACCACAAAAAUAUGGAAGCCCUCUGGAACAAGGGCAACGCCGCCAUCCGCACCGUCGACCCAACAACCAUCGUCAUGUUCGAGGGUUCAACCUACGACAUCCUCUCGGGCUUCAACAACGUCCCUGGUGGGGAUGGCUCCAAAACCGCUCAAUCGUACCAUUAUUACAACCCUCCACAACUCGGAUCCAUCGAGACGACCAUCACCAACCGGAUCAAAGACAAUAACCGUCUCAAGACCACGGGUAUGCUGACAGAGUUUGAGAUCUGGGAUGAGAGUCCUGCGGGGGUCGCCAAGUCGCUCGAGAUUGCUGUCCAGGCUGAUCGGUACCUCCAGUCCUGGGCCGCCUGGUCGUAUGAAGAGCUGUUGAAUUGGACGACGGGUGAGCCGUCCCCUGAACUAUCGCUCAUUUAUGCGCGUUCUUAUGCCGAGGCGACGGCAGGUGUGACAAAGACGUCGUACUUUGAGGACUAUACUGGAAAGUACUGGGUGUCCUGGGCUGCCAACACGGCGAUUACUGCCCCUGGUCUGAUUCGCAUCUCGCAAAAGGCUUACUACCCUGACGGCAUCCGUGUCAUCUCCAACCCUCCUGAGGCGAUCACGCAUACUAUGGAGAACGAUGGUGUAGUGCAGUUGCAUUACACCAGUGCUGCGGUCAAUGGUCAGGUUAUCUUGUCGAGUGUCCAGCCCUUCUACCCUACCGGUGUUCUCAAGAACUCUGCCUCUGGCGGCAAGUGCAUCGACAUCUACCAGGGCACCCUCAAUGCCAACAACCCAAUUGCCCUGUACACAUGCGGCCCCUCCUGGAACCAAGUCUGGAAAUUCAAAGAAGGCACCAUCCAACUAGCAUUCGACCAAUCCCACAAGUCGAACGCCUACUGCCUCGACACCCAACAAGUCGCCCCUACCGACAAGUCCCUCAACAUCGUCCUCAACCCCUGUGUUGCCAACAAGGCCUCCCAACAAUGGACCACGAACGCUGCAGGCAACAUUGUCAACACUGCUUCCGGAUACUGUGUGGAUAUCAAUGCGUCGAAUUAUAAGGAUGGGACCAAGUUGCUGGGGUACACUUGUGGGAACGCUCAGGCGAAUCAGGUUUGGGCGUUGCCUAAUGGCACCAAUGGUGUCUGGCAAGUCAAGCUUUGA